GCUGUUUUAUUGAGGUCUUUUUGCUAUUGUCGUGCUUUUUGAGAAUAGGAUUUGCUGUGCGUUCGUAUGGAGCACUUUUUUGAGACAUAAAGUUUUGUUUUGCGUGCAUACAAGCCAGCGAUUUAUUCCAUUUUUCAUCUUUUUAGUGCUUUUUUGUAUUUUGAUUUCGUUUACCGUGUUUGGAUAAAAGAAAAGUAACAAAAAUAGUGAAGCUCAUUCAUGUUCAACGAAGAAAAAUGUAAACAACUACAACGAUUUAACAAAUUGAAUUGAUUAGACACACCUACCAGCCAUCGCCUACGCUACGUUACUUCCCACGGCCGGCAAGGCACCAUUUCAACGAUCGGGACUUCUAUAAUAAAUUUUUGAUUUUCAUUUUAUAUAACGAUUGAAACAAGUUUCAAAUGGAUGAAGAAAAGUGUAUAGUAGAAUUCGAUGACGAAAAAUUUAUACAAUUGGUGCAAGAGUACGAAUAUUUAUUUAAUAAACAUCAUCCUUUUUUUAAAGUUCCGCAUAGAAAAGAAACGGCUUGGCGUAAAAUUGCGGAAGAAAUGGGGAUUUCAGACAAAAUAUGCAUAAGACGUUGGGCGACUUUACGCGACAGAUACGUAAAACUAAAAAGAAAGCUACGUUCACUGCCAGCUGAUGAAACAUUACAAGACAUACCAUGGCCUUUGCUUGACUCAAUGGAAUUUUUAGCCCCACAUAUUGUUCCUCGCCCUCGUUAUUCCUACGACAUUAUGAGCGUUGAUUUUAAACCGACUACAAUUCCAUUUGCCGACGAACCUUCAAUGAGUGAUACAUUUCCGAAAUUCGCAGAGUCGUCGCCACUACAAUCACCCAUUGAACAAAUCGAAUCAUCGGAGAGAAAAAAGAAGAGAAAACCAGAAAAAGAGAGAAUUGAUAUGGUUGUCAUUGAUCCGAUCGAUUCGCCUAAAAAAGAAUGGGAAAUAAAGAGCCCAGUUUUGAGAGGUUUCGGUCAAAUGAUUCUUAGCCUAAUGAGUGAAAUGGAUCAACGUAAACAAAUAAUAGCUAUGAAGGCUAUAACAGAUAUCGUUACAAAAAUAAUGCUUGAACCGGAAGAAGGUAUGGAAAAUGACUUCUUUGAAAUCACCGAAUAAAUCCUCCUUUAUUUUCGAACACGAUUCAAGUUUUUCCCAUAAAUAUUGCUUGUAAGGAACAUUCGUAUCUAAUAAUUCUAAUUCUGCAUUGAAGUUAAAAACAACUUACUAACUUCCAAGUCCAAUA